AUGCAUCGCCGUUCUCUCGCCCUCACCACUGUAAUCAUACUUCUGCUCCUUAACACAACAGCUCAAUUCUUCCCUUCCCUCCGCCUAAUCGUCUGGGCCUUCUUCACCGGCGGCGUCGCAUCCAUAACCCUAUUGCUAACCUUGGGACUCUUCACCGUCCACCGCCGCCCUAGCGAUAAUAAUGUCCUCAAGACAAUCAAGCCCCUCGCCUUUGCGUCGCCGGCCCUCUGGUCCAGGGAAGUCGAAGCGAUAGCGUUGGAAGACUCCUUCCACAGACUGCCCUUAUACCCGCCAUCGUUCGUGCUCUCGGACUCUGUCGAUGUGAUUCUUGAGAACGCCCUUCAGGACUUUGUAAACUCCUGGUACUCCAAGAUAUCCUCCGACCCAUCCUUCACCAUUCAGGUUGAUCGGACGAUUCGCCAUGCGCUGGAGGUCUUGCGCGAUCGGAUACAGACUUUGGACCUUGUGGAGGUUGUCGUCGGGAGGAUUGUGCCGCUGCUGACGGCUCACUUGCACGAUUUUUCCGCUGCCGAGAGGACUGUCAGGGGGAAGCACCUUAACAAAGAUCUUACCGAGUCGGAGGAGCUGGAUUUGGCGAUUGCCGGCAAGUAUAGGGAGGGGAAGCUUCACCCUGCCGCUAGCUUGAAGUUCUCGGAUACGAAGCUUGCGCAGCAGGAUCACUUGAGGCUUCUGGUGGAUAGGGUAUUGCCCAUGCUAUUGCCUGAGAGGGAAAGGAAGAGUAGGGCCGUGGUGACGAUUGUCAAAGAGGUUGUGGCUUGUGGGAUUUUGUUCCCGGUUAUGGGGAUAUUGGGUGAUCCAGAUACUUGGAAUCAGUUUAUCGAAGCUAUAGUACGUCCCGCAAAUCUUUGUCUCCCAACGAGAAGCUUGUUCACCUGUGUCGCGCCGUGCGUAUAUGCUGUUGUUGUGUGGCAUUGCUAACCAUGGUUUGUCUCCAGGGUCGGUCGACUCUCCAAGAUCGUAAAACCGUUCGAAAGCUCAGAGCCGCUCUGGACCAACAUGCUACUCCACGCCACCCAAACCCCCUCGGCCACUUGAGGAAUUACUCUCAGGUGGAACUCGCGCCAAGUCAGCCAUUCAUACGGCUUUCCGCUAAAGACGACGAACGCACCUUCGAGAGGUUUAUUCGGUCGAUUAGACUUUGCAACAACCUCUCCGAUGCCAGGAGAUUGAGGAAUGAGGUCAGUGCUCAAUUGAAGAGGGAUGAGAGGGUUGAACCAAAGGAGGGAUGGGGUGUAUACCUACGUAGGUUAGAGACCGGCAAGCGAGAGGUUGAUAAGAGGGUUGCUCAAUUGUCCGCUGGUGUUGCGGGGCCGGGCGGUGGGCCCGUAAAGGUGCAUUCGGAGAUGUUCGCGCCUAAGCAGGCUACAGCUAGUCACCUGGAGUUUGCGACUCUGCAACAAGUUCUUCGGGAUUCUUCUGGCCUGUCUUACUUCAUGGUGUGUAGGAGGUUUCUACGAUAUAAGAACUGUUUUACUAAUCCAUUUCCCAGGAACAUAUGGACCGACGUAGACGCUUGCCUCUGGUACAGUUCUGGCUCGUCGUCGACGGCCUUCGUAAUCCGUUGGAAGAGGAUAUAUCAUCAUCCGACGACGGGCAGGAGACAUCCACCUCUACCGCUCAUGCUGCUUGGACACCGUCGGAUCGAGCUGACAUAGCCCAGAUCCACGAAGCAUAUUUAUCAAUGCCGGAGCUUCAGAUACGGGAAAAGACCAAACUCGCGGUGAAAGAGUUUAUCAAGGCAGGGAGCAAUGCAACACAGGAACAGUACGUAAGGGCAAGGGCGGCUGUGUUGAGAGCUCAGACGGCGGCGCUUGAAGAGAUGCAGCAGAAGGACUUUCCCGAGUUCAGGGCUAGCGAUUUGUUCUACAAGUAUUUGGCCUCUGACGAGACUGCCGCAGCACAGGUGAGGCCUGUGUCUGGCCGGGCGAGCCGGGAAAUGGUCCGGAGCUCUUCAUGGGCCAACGCCUCGCACCCCUCAGGAACGCCGGAUCCCAUGAUAUCGUCGAGGCACUCCCUGGACGGAGCCAGGCCCGCAGAAAGGCCCCUGGAGGAUUGGGACUUUGAUCCGCUGUCAAACUCACAACAAGGUCUUGGCGAGGAGCCACCCCAAUACCCACAGCAUCUCGGCCAGCCCCAACAAGAGCCAAGAAGACACAGCCCGGAAGAUGGUAUUGUGGAAGCAAUGGAAGCAGCACUGAACGACAUCAUCGAAGACCGUCCAGGCCUCGGCGAGAGCAGGAGUUCGCCAUUCCAGAACAGCCCUGUUUUAACAGGGCCCAAUUCACCGCGGAGCUCGAUAGACGUAUCCCGGGAUAGUAAUAGCAAUGGGACUGGGAGCGGGAACGGGAAUGGACAGAAGUCCACCGCGGCAUCCGCGAUCAAAGAUAAAGCGAAGGCGAAGCCGCCUAGUAUCUCUUCCCUCGGCCUCGUCGGCAUGGGCUCCAGCGGUGGCGUAUUCGCGGACGACGAGUUAUUCCCUGACGAGGCGGCUGUGGUCGAUUAUCUCUCCUCUGGCGAGGAAGCUGAGGACAAGGAUGGUACUAGCGGGGGUAGUGGGUCCGAUGACGAUAUUCGACAGGCUGCGCCCGGCGAUCUUGGACUGGCGGAGGCGAUUGCUGCAUUGACAUUUGAUAUCGAAAAGUUGUCCACUCAGGAGGCGGUUGUCGAUAGUCUUUACCGGAAGGCAGAGUUGACGAAUAAUACUGUUGAGCUGAGAAUUCUAGGGAAGAGCAAGGCUAGCCUGCAUCGUGAGAUUCGGAGGAAGGAGCUUCAGAGGCAGCAGUAUAUUGUCCAGGAGAGUGACAACAGUCUUUAUGUGAGUUCUUCUAAUCACGCUAUUGAGCUUGAUAUAGCAUGGCUAACCAGGCACCCAGGGCCGUGCAACAAUAAGAAUCAAAUCCACCAGGGUCGGCAGGGAGAAUGGUCAAGAAUACGCUCUCUGUAAUUGGCCCAUGUUACUACCUUACCGCUUAGGCUCAUCAAGCUAACUUUGCAUAGAUAUAAUAGAAGUGCAUCGCCCCGCCGGUGACCUAAUGCCGCCAGCAACCUGGACCGUUCCCCGCCGCUACAGCGAAUUCCUAAACCUGCACCAAGCCCUCCGCAGCACCUUCCCGAGCGUCAAACCACUGGACUUCCCCCGGCGCCGGGUAGUAAUGAAGUUCCAAAAAGACUUUCUGGAAAAACGCCGAGUUUCACUCGAAACCUACCUUCGCUCUCUCCUCCUUUUGCCGGACGUCUGCAGAAGCCGAACCUUCCGUUCCUUUCUCUCACAGAAUUACAUCGCUCCCACACCUUGUGCCUCCCCUUCCGAUCCGAGCAUAUUAACACCAGCAGACUACCGCCGCGACAUAAUGUCCCGGCUCUACAACUCGAUAGCAGACGGGGUGGAAGAUGUCCUGGGGACAAUCCCAUUGCUAGACCAACUAUCCCAACAAGACCCUCCUCCCUCCAUCCCCUUCCCUCCCCUCCCCCAGCUUCAGCACCAAUCCAAUCCUCCGAGCAUAAUCCCCGGUGAAACCAUCGAUGCAGCGGAAGCGGAAGCCGAGCUCUCCGCCUUUGAAAACCGCGAAUCAACGCCCUUCGUAAAGCCCAUCUGCGACAUCUUCUUGGAGGUAUUCCAGUUGAAUCGGGGAAGCAAUUGGCUCCGCGGCCGCGCUGUAGUAGUCGUGCUGCAGCAGUUGCUCGGCGGGACGAUAGAGCGGAAGGUACGCGAGCAAGUGCGAGGAUUGGUUGAUGAGGAAGGGGUUAUCCGGUAUUUGGACAUGUUGAAGGCGACCCUCUGGCCGGAGGAGGCGAUAGCUAUGGGUCAUCAGCAACAGCAGGCGGGGAGGAGUGCAAAGGAGAGGGUCAGGACAAGGAAUGAAGCCAAGAUCAUACUUGCUACGCUCGUCCCGGACCUUGCUGGGAGUGUUGUUGGGAGGGAAAAUGCUAGAGCUGCUGGGAGGAGGUUAUUUGCUGGGUUGAAUAAUGGGAGGUUGAAGUUUGUCCCUCCCUUUCCUCCCUUGAUGAGGUAG